AUGGAUGCUGCUGCUCCGCAGAGUGCAGGGAAGCGCUGGCUUGCCCUGCAUGGCCGGAAGCAACUGGAAACGGAAGCAGGUCACUCUAAAGCCCGGGCACGGCAGGCGACCGAGCGGCCAGCGAGCCCGGCAGGCGCCGUCCACCCGCCGGCACGGGCACGGCGGGCAGAACGGGGACAGCGGGGCGGCCCGCGGCGCCCGCAGGGGUCGGGGACAGCGCGGCCGUACAAGCAGGCGGGGACGGCACCACGGACCGGGGCACGGCGGCCCCGCGAGGCCGACCCCGGGCGAGACGACGAGGAAAGCGCGGCUCCGAGAGGACCGGUCCCUGCCGAGCAGGAAGACGCCUCGGUGCCGGCCAGCGAGCUCGGGCCCUGCUCCGGAGCGGGGCCAACCGCGCUUCUGGCCGCGGGCGAGCGUCGGACCGAGGCCAGCGGUCCCCGCCCGGCCGGCCCGAGGCCUCCGGCCCCGCAGCGCACCGCGGCGGACGGGCGCUCGCAGCCUGGCUCCCGCGACGGCGGCUCCUGCGCGGCCCGCGGGGAAGGCCGGGCGGCCGCCGCGGGUCGACCCGUGUCAGCGGCGGGGCUGCGGCCCGGACGGAGCGGCCGCGGCAAGUCGGGCGACCGCGCCCGCGAGGGCAGAGCCCGGGACGGGGACCUCGUCCUUCCCUCCCCCGCCGGCAAACGACCCGGGCCCGACUGCGGCGCGUCCCUCUCGCGGCGGAGCGCGGCGGCAGGAGAACCCGCAGCCCCGAGGGGACCCCCGGACGCCCCCGACGCUGGUCCGCAGGCCGGCGCCGGCCUCGCCGCCCGCAGGAAAGCCCUGCGGCCCGCCCGGCCGCCCGCGGCUCGGAACGUGCCCUGGCCGCAGGACGCACAGCCCGCGGCCGGACGCCCCGAAGCCCUGCCGGGGGCUCCCGCGCGGCGCGUCCAGAAGCGCGGCCGCCGGCGCCGGACGGAGCGCGAACCGCGCCGACGGGAAGUUCCCACAGACGGGCCGCGCCCGACGGCCGCCGCCGGGACGCCGCUGACCCGCCCGCACCCCGCGCCCCCGACCCCGCUCCUCCGGCGCCUCCGGAGCCCGCCUCGCCCGCAGCCGCCCGACAGGAGGACGCGGGCGGCCGGACACGCCCGGACCGCAGGAGCCGCACUUCCUGGUCCCCGUGACCCCGUCCCUCCCCGCCCGGACGGCCGCCGGGCCGGGCCCCCGCGCGCAGGGCAGGGCGAGGCCUCCGCAGUGCGGGCGGACGGCGGCGCGGCGCGGCCCCCGACCCCGGCCCCCGACCCAGACCCCGGCCCCCGACCCCGCCCGGUCCCCCCCGGCCCGCCCCGCGCCCCACCGCCGCCCCGCGCCCCGCCGCCCGGCCCUGCCCGCCGCCGCCCCGUCCGGCCCGCUCUCCGCGCGCCGCGUCCGCCGGGAAGAUGGCGGCCCGUGACAGGCGGCGCGGCGCGGGCCCAGGCGGCGGCCGCAGCAGCGGGGAGCGCGGGCACCGAGGCCCGCCGCGCUCACCUGUCAGCAGCGCCGCCGCCGCCCGGCCGCCGACCGCCGCAGCCCCGGAGCCCGGCGACCGCGCCACACGCGGACGGGCCGAGAGGGAGGGGCGGGGAGGGCGCGGCCGGCCCGGACGAGCGGCGGGGGCGGCGCGGCGCGGGCGGGCGGCGGGCGGCGGCGGCUCCUUCCCGUUUCGGGCCCGAAAAUGUCUCAACCUCGCGACUCCGGCGCCCCAACGCUCCUUCCCGUUCGCAGCAGAACACACAGCUCCCGCUUCCGGGGCUCGGCGGAAGUCCCGCCCUCCGCGCGCGCGCGCCCGCGCGCCCGCGCCCUCCGCGCCGCGGCCUGCCGACGGGCGCUCGGAGCCCGGGAGAGCCUCUCGUCAGGGCGGCGCGGCGUCCCGAUUGGCUGCGCGCGCCGCCCGCCCCGCCCCUCCGCUUCCCGGCCCUUCCGUGCGCGCGCCCCUCCCGGCGGCGCUUGUGA